AUGAUCCUGUUAUGGGUUACACUGCUUGUUCUUCAUCGAGGAUAUACGCUGGUUCCAGUGACCACAGUUCAACUUGGUGAACCUGUAACCUUCCUCUGUGCUCUGCCUAUUACUGAGAUCAGCCAUAGAAAACUCCUAUGGUAUAAGCAAAGUGCUGGGGAUACUCUGAAAUUAAUUGUGACAAUGCGUAAAUCCCAGGAACCCGAGUAUGCACCGGAGUUUUCUGAAUCGAGAUUCAGUGUAAACAAUUUAAACAAUUAUUGCAACUUAACCAUUCUGUGGACAAUCCAAGAAGAUGAAGGAAUGUAUCACUGUGAAAUAGCAGAGUGGACUGCAACUCCUGAAUGGAGUGGGACAUAUUUGUUACUAAAAGGAAACACUCAGAAGACAUCAAACUAUACUGUAAUUCAGGGACCAACAGUAUCUGAUCCAGACCGUCCAGCAGACUCGAUGACUCUCCAGUGUUCAGUCCUCUCUGAAUCUGAGAAUAAGACAUGUCCAGGAGAUCACAGUGUGUACUGGUUCAGAGCCAGAUCAGAUAAAUCUCAUCCAGACAUCAUUUACACUGAUGGAAAUGGACGUGAUGAAUGUGACAAGAGAUCUGACUCUCAGAAAAGCUGUGUUUAUCACUUCUCUAAGAACGUCAGCUCCUCUGAUGAUGGGACUUACUACUGUGCUGUGGCCACAUGUGGGAAGAUAUUAUUUGGAGAUGGAAGAAAAUUACAAAUCGAGCAAACAGCAAAUUCUGAAUUUAUUGCGCUGGUGAUAGCAAUUGUCUGCUUGGUCAUUUCUGUGAUUGGAAAUAUUGCUUGCAUCUGUUAUCGAAGUCCAAAAGCAAUACACAAACAAUUUAAAGGAAUAGAAAGUACCGCUUCGGAAGCAAUACAUGACAACCUGGGCCAACCACUACAUGAUAUUACUAAAAGUGAAGAUGAUCUGAACUAUGCUGCGUUGCAUUUAUCUGGAAGGAAAGCCAAUAGAGGAAGGAAGAAAAAAAAGAUGGAGACUGAAGAAAGUGUGUACUCUCAAGUUAAAUGCUGA